GAGAGGGGGAGGUGAAGACAGCCGGGCAAACUGCAUCCCUGCCAGGCUGCGUCCCUUCCUCCUCGUUUUUUCUCAGCCGGAGUAGUUUGGCAAGCCCGCUCCGGGUGCCUCCGAGCCCUUCUCGCAACGCCCAGGCGAGUGGGGUGUAGCGUUGGCGGCCAGGCACCUGGCCCUCCCUUAGCCGUGCUAGCGCAGUCCCAGGACAGGACAUGUCAAGCUGCAACAGCCCCGGGGGCCCCGCUGCCCUGGACUUUCCAGAAGUCCUGAAGUCCCUGCUGGAGUACUCCUUACCCUGGACCAACAAGAUGACAGAUAAAGAGAAGGAGAAGAUAAAGCUUGAGGAAGAUGAGGCAGCAGCUGCCAGCACUAUGGCAGUUUCGGCUUCCCUUAUGCCACCCAUUUGGGACAAAACUAUUCCUUACGAUGGCGAGUCUUUCCACCUGGAGUACAUGGAUCUGGAUGAGUUCCUGCUGGAGAAUGGAAUUCCUUCCAGCCCUACUCACCUGGAUUUGAACCAAAAUCCACUCUUGCCUGUGGCUGAGCUGGAAGGAAAGGAGUCUGCCAGUGCUUCCACUGGUUCUCCUGCAUCAUCCUCUUCCACUGCAGUUUACCAGCAAUCUGAAGCAGCCUCCAGCACAGAGUCCCCACCACAAAAUGAGAGAAAUACUCCCAGCCCCAUUGAUCCUGACUGCGUAGAAGUUGAGGUGAAUUUUAACCCUGACCCUGCUGAUUUAGUGCUGUCCAGUGUGCCUGGUGGUGAGCUCUUCAAUCCUCGCAAGCACAAGUUUACUGAAGAGGACCUGAAACCACAACCAAUGAUUAAAAAAGCCAAGAAGGUUUUUGUCCCAGAUGAGCAAAAGGAUGAGAAAUAUUGGACAAGGCGAAAGAAGAAUAAUGUGGCAGCAAAGCGUUCGCGUGAUGCUCGGCGAUUAAAGGAGAAUCAGAUCACAAUUCGGGCAGCCUUUCUUGAGAAAGAGAAUACAGCCCUGAGGACGGAGGUUGCAGAGCUGCGCAAGGAAGUGGGACGAUGCAAGAACAUUGUUUCUAAAUACGAGACCAGAUACGGACCCUUGUAAGCACACCCCUUUUCCUUGUUAGGGCUCCUUGUUUUAGCCUCUCGGACUUCUCUGCCUUCUGUAGAGACUCCCAGAAAUAAAGUUUGUGGAGGCUUUGCCAUUCUGCAUCUACACAAAACCCCAAACCCUGUUUCUGUUGGCACAACUUGUUCAGGCCCUUUCCUGAUCAUUGUGUUGCCCAAAAUCUUAGUGUCCGUAUUUACAACUUUGUUUUUAACACUGAUAGAGCAUUUUCUGAUGUCAUACAAUAGAACAGAUUCACCUGUCUGGAGGAAUAGAUAUGGAUCCCUCCUGACUGGACAGGGCUUUUGCUGUCUGUUCGAAUCUCCCAUUUUAAGUGGAGAAAGAGCCUAGGAAGCUCUCCUUGCUUUUUUUUUUUUCUUUUUAAACUCCUGUUCUUUUCUCCCUCUCCACCCCGCCCACCCAUCCCAGUCAAAUUGUAAAACAUAAUUUUAAGAUAUAAGUAGAUGUUGCUGGGCAGCAUCAUAAAAUUAUUUCCUUUCCCAUUCAGAGGCACUAGAAAGUACCUGUUGUAUAGAACUCUGUUCCUGUUAAAGAGGAACAGGGGAACCUUUAGGACAGGAAGAUGGGAAAAUAUUCAAUCUCUUGUAAAAACUGAGGUAUCUCGAGGUUAAUGCACAAGUGUUAUGCAGACCAGAGUCAGUGCAGUGUUGAUUAAAAUACUGCUCAAACAUCUUGGUAGGUUUUAAUCCUGGAUAACUUCCAGAAAUGAAGGAGAGAGAACACUAGGGGAUCUCUCGCUUUACAGAUAUGGACAAAAUAAUGUGCUGUGUGUUUUAGGCUGUAUUUCUACCACCACCCCUCCUUUUUUUCCUUAGAGGGACUUCCCUCUUGAACUGCUGAUAAAGCAGCAUGUUACACCUAAAGGAGAAGUAAGGGAGAUUUAGAAAAAGUGGUCUGGCUCAUUGGGCUGAACCUUGAGUCCUAUCUGUUAAGGAAUUGCCAGUACCUUGUGCUUUGCAAGAAGGGUUGU